UGGCACCCAUCCAGUAACACAAGUUCUUGUUAACGUGUUAUCUGAGCUUUGAAAUCACGGAUACGAUAUGCUGAAUGAACCCUGGACACACUGACUGGAGGAUCGCUCUAAGAACAAUGAUAGGUGUGGUGUUUGCAUUAUCCAGCCUGUUGUUACUCCAGGCAGUCUCCUCUUGCCCCAAGGAGUGCUCAUGUGACACUCACACCAAAGUGGUGGACUGCCGGGGACGAGGAUUGUAUGACAUUCCUCACAAGAUCCAACAAGACACAAUAGAGCUAUAUCUCCAAAACAACCGCAUCCGAGGCCUCAGCUCCAUGUCGUUCCAAGAGACACCUCAACUCCAAAUUCUGGACCUGGCCAACAAUUCAAUCACUACACUUUCCCCCAGUGCCCUUCUGGGACUCAGAAGCCUGAAAAUCCUCAUUCUGGCCAAUAACUCUAUCCGGGAGGUGGACCGGCGCCUACUGGUUUCAAUAAGAAACCUAACCCUCUUGGACCUGUCCUAUAACAGCUUAGGAGGUCUACCAGGAGCUCUCGCUGAUAGCUUCCACCAUCUGACCCACCUAUCCCUGCACUUCAAUCGGCUGACCAAGCUGGACCAUACACACCUGGAGUCUCUUGGUAAUCUGAAAGUUCUUCACCUGAAGGGUAAUCCCUGGAGAUGUGACUGUCAUCUGAUUGGACUCAAGCUAUGGCUGGAGACAUUUGCCUUCAAAGGUGGAGCAGUUGACAGCAUCACAUGUGUCCAGCCUCACAUCAUGCUGCAGCGAGACCUUCGUCAAGUUCCCUAUGAGCUCUUCCAUGCCUGCAUGAUCACCAGCUAUAGCUACCUGUUCGCCAACAUCCACUACCUGGACAACAAGCACCGGACACUCAGCGGACAGCUCCACCCAAGCCCCAGAGCUCCAUCCAGCAAUGAUUUCAGCCCUCAGGGUGAGGCAGCACUCCCUGAGUGCGAGCUCAAGCAGCGACCGCGGCCUGUGAACUACAGACAUGCUAUAGCUACAGUGGUCAUCACAGGAGUGGUGUGUGGGAUCGUAUUUCUGAUGAUGCUAGCAGCAGCUGUCUAUGGAUGCGCAUACGCAGCAAUUAACGCAAAGUAUCAAAGAGAGCUGAAGAAGAAAGCCAAGGAGAUGGGCAGAGGAGAAGAACGAAAGAAUAUUGAGAGAGAGGAGAAAGAGCAGCUAGAGUGAUGCAAACAUUAUACAAUUCACAUGAAGCACAAAUACACACCAAGGAGGUCAGUGACCAGAUAUAGUUGUACAUCUACAAAGUCCCAAGUGGUACAAAUGCAAAUACAAAAAGUUGGCAACACUUCUGGGCAGCUAUUUUCCAGUCAGACAAGUACAGCUAAUAUCUACUUGACCGGGGAAAUCUCCAAAACUGUAGUCCAGACAAUAUUUCAAGUCAAUUUAGCAAUAAUGGUAUCUUUGCUGCUUCUAUAUUUGCUUUUUAGCUAUUAAUAGGGUAAAUUUAAACUGAUCCAAAGUCUCUUAUUCCUCCAAUGCUGUUUAAAAAAAAAUUAAUUGUUGGUAAGUCAAUACAGUUUCUACAGAGCUCUUGUAAGGCCAAAGAAACACAUGAACAUAUCAGAUUUUUUGUUUGUUUGUUUAAACAGGAACAAAUCUAACCUGUCUUUGUUCAGUGCACGUUGUUAAAUGUGAAGUGUGUUAUUUUUUUAUAUUAAAAUUAGUUGUCAAUCAAUAUGGAUAUUUCAGAGGGCAAUGCUUAAAAAGAUAUAUAAUUAAGCAGAGAUAACGCUAAUAUAAAUGUAAGGUGAGUUCCCGAAGGGAGUAACCACUCUGUCAUUUUCAAAACAUUGAUCUGGAUGUUUGAGUUGUCUGAUAUGACAACUUUUGACUCAACCACUUGCAUAAGUUGGAGGAGGGAUGCCUUUUUGUCUGACCAAAUGCAUACGGGUAUGAAUGGUGGUGUUUUGGUCAUGUGAGUGGUUGCUGCAGAGCUCUUUUGGCAUGCUUUGUUAAACUACUUUGUUUACAGUCCAGCAAGGGUGUGAGUGGCUGCUGCAGAGCUCUUUUGCUGUGAUUUGUUACUGAUUUGUGGAUCUUUCUCUGGAUGAUUAUGGAAAAUUAUGUUGGAUUUUUACUUCCGGAAUUAGACUGUUGUGCUCUACACCACAGGUGCCACAAGUGGCAAAGAAAUUAUACACUGCAGCUUUAAGAAGCAGUAUUUACAUAUGGACAAAGUACACUUGUUUUAACAACAUGUAACAAGUAGUUCCCUUUACAAAAAGCUACACUUCUGAUACUGCGCUGGAAGCGCUUUGGGAACACCUUUAUGUGUGUGACCAGCUGUGAAUAUGUGUGUAACAGGUCAAUGAACAUUGACUGGAAUUUAUAGCCUCUGCCGGUGUAAUCAUUGGAUGCACCUGGGGCUGGGCUAUAAAUAGAUGCAUCACCGGAGCAUCGUCAGAUAUUUUGUCUUCAGAGAUCAUUCUGUGUGUGUGUUUCUAUGAGCCUGUCAAACAUUCUUUCCUCUGUUAGGAGUUAGAAUUGUUUAGGCAGUGCGCAGUGAACCUUUUUACCUUUCUCUUUUUUCUUAAAAAAAAAAAAAGAGAGAAUGACUGAAAGCAAACGAUGCGUGUUCCCUUGUUUACACUCUAUGGCCGAGAGGGAGACGCAUCAGUUUUGCUUUGUUUGUUUGGGGAAGAGCAUGCUGCUCUCACGUUGAGCAGGGCGGGUGCGAGCAUUGCGAUCUGCUUUCGCUUACUUCCGGGAGUUAGCACCCACUCUUUCAUCGUGGGGCUCUCACAUAUAUCUGGCUGAGGAGCGAGAGACGGGUCCGUCCCUAUCGCUCACUCUCUCCCCAGAUCCAGCUGAUCCUUCUCGUAAGCCUGAAGUGCACCUCAGCACCUCUUCGUUUCACGAGGAGGGCCCUGAACCUCUGUACAUUCCACGCAUAAUAAUAAAGCGUCUGAGAAAUUACUCUAGGUGGUUACUGGGGCUGUGGCCAGACUACAGCUAGACUGGCCAUGUGAACAAAAGACCCCCCAAACGCUCCAAACUACAAGACAGAUUUCUGUCAGGUGGCUAAAAAAACAUAAGAGGGAGGGGAACACUAUAUUAGUCCCUUCCUUUAUUUGAUGACCUCCAUGAUGAGCUUUCUCAUUCAUGGAGGAAUCUUUUUACUUCCUGUGUCUUCGUGCCCUUGAUGUCGAUAUAUUCGACUAUCGUGGGUGCUGAGACACGGGGGUAUUCAAUGAUGCCGCCAGUCGAAGAGACGCUUCGGGUAAUCACUUAAAAAAAAAACCCUCUCUCCCCACAAAGCCUUGCAGAACUACCUCCACUUUAGUGGGGAGGGCUUAUCAAGCCGCGGGUCAGGCUGGUGCUGCUCUGCACAAGAUGGCAGUGUUACAGGCGUACCAGGCUGACCUGCUGAAGGACCUGAGUGCGGGUGCCACGCUCGACGAAGAGGCUUUUUCUGAGCUACAUUGAGCCACAGAUCUUUCUCUCCGUGCGACCAAGCAAACAGCCCGUGCCAUUGGCCGGUCUAUGUCUGCCUUGGUCAGCACAGAGAGACACCUUUGGCUCAACCUAUCAGGCAUCAAGGACAAGGGUAGAGUUUUCCUCCUUGAUGCCCUGGUUUCGCCUUCUGGCCUAUUCGGGGACGCUAUGAGCACAGUCAUCUCCAGGUUACACACCCGACUCGGUCCUGAUAGAAGGGAGGCUCAGAAGCAAAGCGUGGCAAGUCGUGCUCGCCCUCAGCAGCCCCCAAAGCAAGACCUCAGGACGCUAAUUUCUAAGAGAAAGAAACCCUGACGGUCUUGUGCCUAAUCUUGUGGGGGUAGCUCCCCUCGGGACGGGGCACGCGCACCAUCCACUUCGCCCCUCCCGGUACCCCCACGAAACCUCUCCAUUCCCACCACCUCCGGUGUUUCGGGAGGUAGAGGCUUCCAUCAAGAAGUUGGGUGUUUCGCUGCUUCCUGCAUUUAUUCAGGACGCGGAGCACUCGACACCCCCUCAACAGGAAGUGUUAAAAUUAAUACCCAUCUCAGAGAGCCUGGCAGCGUGGAAACUUCUGCCAGAUAUUUUUAUGUGGGUCCUAAGUACAGUAGUAAAGGGCUACCGAAUUCAAUUUGCACGCCGCCCUCCGUGUUUCAACAGCGUGGUCCCCACUACCGUAAACCGGAGCAGGCAUGUUUACUGUGGAAAGAACUGCAAAAUCUCUCAGUCUAUGGGGCCAUAGAACGUAUUCCCCUUCCAGAGAAAGAGUCAGGUUAUUACAGCAAAUACUUCCUGGUUCCCAAGAAGGGUGGGGGAAUGCGUCCGACCUUAGAUCUUCUAGGCUUGAACUGCUCAGUCAGGGUGUUCAAAUCUAAGAUGCUAAUUAUCAGGACGAUUACGUUUGGCUGGUCACGACUGAUCUCAUGGAUGCGUAUCUUCAUGUAGAAAUUCUACCACAGCACAGGAAGUUCCUGAGGUUUGCUUUCGGGGGCAAAGCCUUCCAGUAUCGGAUUCUUCCAUUCGGCCUAGCCCUAUUAACCCCCACAUUCACGGAAUGCAUGGAUGCAGCACUGGCUCCUUUGCGACUCUGGGGCAUCCGCAUUCUGAAUUAUAUAGACGACUGGCUGAUCCUAGCACAGUUCCAAGAACUGGCAGUUCAGCACAGGGAUAUCGUCUUAGCUCAUCUGGUUUCUCUGGGGUUGAGGCUCAACGCCAGGAAAAGCAUCCUCUCUCCCACUCAGAAAACUACCUAUCUGGGGAUCAUAUGGAAUUUUAUCACGGGCACAAUUGUCUCCUGCUCGAAUCGAGUCCAUUCAGAACACCCUGAGCAAAUUCAGGCUAGGCCAAGGUUGCACUGUUCAUCAGUAUCAACAAUUAAUAGGUCUCAGUGAUCCCUAUGGACCUUCUACACAUGAGACCGUUGCAGUUUUGGCUCAAAGCUAGGGGAUUUUAUCCAAGGGCCAAUCCACUAGGCUGAUAAGGGU